CCUUGUUAUCUCUCUGCUGCUUUAGAGGCUUGUAAGAAAUCUCCCCUUUGGAGAUCUGCUCUCUUCCAGCAUGCUGAGUCUCAUUGAACUCACUGGGGAUGUUUUUCGUGUGACUGAUCUAACUGAUCAACUGUGGUCAAGUGUUGUGUUGGGUGACUUGUAAGGUACUGAGGACACAGUCAAGUGAGCACCCCUAAUUUCUCUGAUUUACUGCUGACAAUCGCUCACAAUGGAAUCUAAUCAAAAAUCUGGGGAUGGACUGACGGGCAUGCAGAAAGAGGCCGCGCUGCGUGCGCUCAUUCAGCGCACAGGAUACCAAUUACUGCAGGAGAAUGGUCAGAGGAGGUACGGCGGGCCCCCUCCAGGCUGGAAAGGCCCUCCCCCAGAGAGGGGCAGUGAGAUCUUUGUGGGGAAGCUGCCAAGAGACCUCUUUGAGGAUGAGCUGGUCCCCCACUGUGAGAAAUUUGGGAAAAUCUUUGAGGUUCGGAUGAUGAUGGACUUCAACGGCAAUAAUAGAGGAUAUUCCUUCGUUACCUUUUACAACAAAAAUGAAGCCAAGACCGCCAUGAAACAGCUCAAUAACUAUGAAAUCAGGAACGGAAGGCUCCUGGGAGUGUGUGCCAGUGUGGACAACUGUCGUCUGUUUGUGGGGGGCAUCCCCAAAUCCAAGAAGAGAGAGGAGAUCCUGAUGGAGAUGAAGAAAGUAACAGAUGGGGUGUUGGAGGUGAUUGUUUACCCCAGUGCUGCGGACAAGACCAAGAACAGGGGCUUCGCCUUUGUGGAGUACAACAGUCACCGCGCUGCAGCCAUGGCCAGGAGGAAACUACUGCCAGGGAGGAUCCUGCUGUGGGGGCACGCCAUCGCCGUGGACUGGGCGGAGCCUGAAGUGGAAGUGGACGAGGACACCAUGGCAACGGUGAAGAUUCUCUACGUGAGGAACUUAAUGCUGGCCACUACAGAAGAGACCAUCGAGAAGGAGUUCAACAGUAUCAAACCAGGUGCUGUAGAGAGAGUGAAGAAGAUCAGAGACUAUGCCUUUGUCCAUUUCACCCAGAGAGAAGACGCGAUAAGCGCCAUGGACGCACUGAAUGGAAAGCUGGUGGAUGGCUCUCCCGUGGAGGUGACCCUGGCUAAGCCGGUGGAUAAGGACAACUACGUGCGCUACACCCGGGGUACAGGUGGUCGCGGUGGGGCCGUGCUCCAGGGGGAGUACACCUACACACUGGGCCAGGUGUAUGACCCCUCAGCAGCCUACCUGGGUGCCCCCGUGUUCUACACCCCCCAGAUAUAUGCUGCUAUUCCUGAUCAGUUCCGCUUCCCCAUUGCCAAGGGGCUUGUGGGGGGCCGUGGCCUGGUGCGCACGCCCUCAGUCAGAGAAAUUUACAUGAAUGUACCUGUAGGGGCAGCGGGCAUACGCGGGAUGGGUGGUCGCGGAUACCUCGCCUACGCAGGUUUAGGCCGAGGCUGUGCCACCUACCAGCUAAAGACAGACAAGCACCCCGAGGACAAGCUCUUUGACCUGCUGCCAGGCAUGGAACUCACGCCCAUGAACCCUGUGAAGCCUCCCGGUAUCAAACACACACCACAGAUCUUGGAGGAUGUGUGUCAGAAGAACAACUGGGGGCAGCCAGUUUAUCAGCUUCACUCUGCCAUCGGACCUGAUCAAAGCCAACUGUUCCUCUACAAAGUCACCAUUCCGGCUCUGUCCACCCAAUACCCUAAUGUGCAUCCGUUCACCCCAGCCAAGCUGUGUACAUCUGUGGAUGAGGCCAAGGUUCAUGCUGCGGAGCACGCCCUGCAUACCCUGGGUCUGCAGACAGAAGGAGCUGACGCCUCCUCUGCAGCCGUUGCUGCAUUCCCAGGUUACACAAUAGCGAACACCUCAGCCUCAGUAGCUGCCUCCCAGCUCAAACAGGCCGUCUCCCUGCACCAGGACAUGGCAGCAUACACUACCUACGAAGGCUAUCCCGCCUUCACCGUGGCAACCCGUGGAGACGGUUAUGGGGUGUUCUAGGGCCAUCCUGGAACGUCAUCCCAUUUACCAGCAUUCAUUCGUAGUUCAGACUAUAUAAAACUACACUGAACAAAAAUAUAAAUUCAACAUGUAAAAUAUCCCAGAAAUGUUUCAUACACACAACAUGUGUUCACAUCCCUGUUAGUGAGCAUUUCUCCUUUGCCAAAAUAAUCCAUCCACCUGACAGGUGUGGCAUAUCAAGAAGCUGAUUAAACAGCAUGAUCAUUACACAGAUGCAUCUUGUGCUGGGUGCAAUAAAAGGUCACUCUAAAAUGUGCAGUUUUGUCAUGCGAAACAAUGCCACAGAUGUCUCAAGUUUUGAGGGAGCGUGCAAUUGGCAUGCUGACCGCAGAAAUGUCCACCAAAGCUGUUGCCAGAGAACUGAAUGUUCACUUCUCUAUUAUAAGCCACCUUCAACGUCAUUUUAGAGUAUGACCGGCCACAAAACCAAAGACCAUGUGUAAUGACGCCAGCCCAGGACCUCCACAUCUGGCUUCUUAACCUACGGGAUCUUCUGAGACCAGCCAACCAGACAGCUAAUGAAACUGUGGGUUUGCACAACCAAAGAUGUAUGGAGUGGUGUGUUCGAGCGGUUUGCUGAUGUCAACGUUGUGAACAGAGUGCCCCAUGGUGGAGGUGGGGUUAUGGUAUGGGCAGGGAUAAGCUACAGACAAUGAACAUAAUUGCAUUUUAUAACGUGACGAGAUCCUGAGACCCAUUGACGUGCCAUUCAUCCACCUCCAUCGCCUCAUGUUUCAGCAUGAUAAUGCACAGCCCCAUGUCACAAGGAUCUGUACACAAUUCCUGAGGCUGAAAAUGUCCCAGUUCUUCCAUAGCUUGCAUACUCACCUGACAUGUCACCCAUCGAGCAUGUUUGGGAUGCUCUGGAUCGAGAUGUACGACAACGUGUUCGAGUUCCCACCAAUAUCCAGCAACUUCGCACAGCCAUUGGAGAGGAGUGGGACAACAUUCCACCGGCCACAAUCAACAGCCUGAUCAACUCUAUGUGAAGGAGAAGUGUCAUACUGCAUGAGGCAAAUGGCAGUCACACCAGAGACUGACUGGUUUUCUGAUCCACGUCCCUACUUUUUUAAAGUAUCUGUGACAAACCGAUGCAUAUCUAUAUUCCCAGUCAUGUGAAAUCCAUAGAUUAUGGCACAAUUAACCCACUGAUUUCCUUAUUUGAACUGUAACUCAGUAAAAUGAUCGCAUGUUGCGUUUAUAUUUUUGUUCAGUGUACGUAGUAUCCAUUAUGUGUUUUCAUUUGAUUGUGUGGAUCUAUUUAGUUGUAGAGGAGGGCCCUAAUUGGAUGUUGUAGAGUCAGCAAAUUGUCAGAGAUCGUUUUGAUUGGUUCUUAUGUACUUUAUCAUUAUUUUGACAGCCAUUACUUUUUUUAUACUCCUUGUCUAUUUUAUGACACAGCUGCUGGUUCAUAGUGACGGACUAGUGGUCUCCUUUGACCCAAUAGUGUAGAAGUUGAAGUUUCCCCAUUUAAGUUUAUUAAAUUAGCCCUAAAAGUCUCAUUUAGAUUCCUUCAUAAAUCAUCUAUAGAAAAAAAGUUUUUAAAUGUCAGGGAUUUCUAGUUUCAAGCUUUUACUUUCUACCUAAAUGCGCUGCAAAUACCUUUUGAUGUUGUUGCACGGUUGUACAUUGUUAGACUAAAAACACUGGCGUGGUUCAGUCACUUUUGAUAGUGAGGGGUUUCUUUUGUGCUAUUUGUGUCUCAGUAUUUACAAAUGCAAACACAGAAUUUGUUUCCCUCUCUUUUCCGAUGUUAUAGUGUGCGAAAAGGAAAUCCAUCCAAAGCUGCUGUGAAACUGAACUGCCUAUUUUUAGAUGCCUAUUUUAAGAUGUUAAGCGUUUGUCGUCUACGGAAAAGUGUUUGAGUCACGGUAUAUUUAUUGUUCAAAAAUGUAUUGUUUUACGUUGGAGUAAUAUGUCUGGAGUGUUAGCUAAGGACAAUCAUCUUGACAAAGAUCUGUUUCAUUCUAUUUAGCUCAUUUCCCUUAUUGCCUUACACCCAACCUAGGCCUGCGAACAUGGACAUAGGAAGUGAUAACACCCUUCUCAGCGUACAAAACGACACUCUGAUAAGCAUAAAUGCCUAAGCAGUGACAGUAUUAAAGUGUGUAUAGCACUUCCAACUUGUUUUUUUAUACCAGAAAUCCGACAAUAUUUGUAUGGUUAUAUUGUUUUUGGAUAUUUCAAAUUCUUUGUGCCUCAAUAAUUGAUCUAAGAAAAAUCACAAAGGAGAGAAAUAAAUACACAUCUGAAAUGUAAGGAGAAAUGGGAACCCUUUUGUGAAACAACGUGUCGUGCAGUUUGGUAAUUCUAACGUUUCAUAAUCUGUAAUUGCCUGUGAUAAAUGAACCAAUUGCAUUUUGA